GAGAAAAACUUCUUAAAAAGUCCCCAGCUUUUAUUUCUUUGUCUGCCAUUAAUGCUCCUUUAAAUAUAGCAACACCUUCUUUUCUCUAUUUACCUCUGUGGCUCUGUGUAUUGUAGCGUUUCUCAAUCCGGGAAUCCAUUUUCCGGCGAGUAAUCUCACUACAUCGUGCUCUGCUUUAGUUUCACUGAACAUGGGAUGAAAUCAUAAAGACUUCUCUUUUCUUUAGUUAUUUGCGAAAUCCCAUCUGGGUUUUCCUUUGGACUCCAUUUUCUCAUCUGGGUAUCCCUCAAGAAUCAAUCUUCACCAUUUAACAAACCCAAAACCUCGAAAUAGAAACAGAAAAACAGAAUGAUCAGUCUAUCAGACCUCUACCAUGUCCUCUCAGCCGUGGUCCCACUCUAUGUGGCCAUGAUUUUGGCUUAUGGUUCUGUUAAGUGGUGGAAGAUCUUCAGCCCUGACCAGUGUUCAGGAAUCAACAGAUUUGUUGCUCUAUUUGCAGUCCCUUUGUUGUCAUUCCACUUCAUAUCCACCAAUAACCCAUAUGACAUGAACUACAGGUUCAUAGCAGCUGACACUCUUCAAAAAGUCAUAGUCCUUGUUGUGUUAGCAAUCUGGUCAAGAACCAGCUCUAGAGGCUCCCUCGAAUGGUCAAUCACCCUAUUCUCAGUCUCUACUCUUCCAAACACUCUUGUCAUGGGCAUUCCUCUUUUGAAAGGCAUGUAUGCAGAGGCCUCUGGGAGUCUUAUGGUCCAAAUAGUUGUUCUUCAAUGCAUUAUCUGGUACACAUUGAUGCUGUUUCUCUUUGAGUACAGAGGAGCAAGACUCUUGAUUGGUGAACAGUUCCCAGACACUGCUGGGUCUAUAAUCUCUUUCAGAGUUGACUCUGAUGUCAUCUCCUUAGAUGGCAAAGAACCAUUGCAAACAGAUGCUGAAGUUGGUGAAGAUGGAAAACUUCAUGUCACAGUCAGAAAAUCCACUAGUUCUCGCUCUGAAAUCUUCUCUCGCCGAUCCAAUAACGGUCCCAAUUCUGGCCUUUCAUUGACACCAAGACCUUCCAAUCUAACCAAUGCAGAGAUUUACUCACUCCAAUCUUCAAGAAACCCAACCCCAAGAGGGUCUAGCUUUAACCACACUGAUUUUUAUUCCAUGGUCAAUGGGAAAAACCCAAGCAGUGUGAGUCCUAGACACUCCAACUUUGGAAACAUUGGCUUUGAUGAGGAAAAUGGAGGCGUUGGUGCGUAUGGUGGUCCAGUAAGGCCUAAUGGAACCGCAUAUCCAACACCUCCAAGUGCCGGACUAUUCUCUCCGGUGGCCGGACCUGGUGCGAAGAAGAAGGCUAAUGGAACAGACGGUGGCAGGGACUUGCAUAUGUUUGUAUGGAGCUCAAGCGCCUCACCAGUAUCCGAAGGGGGGAUUCAUGUCUUCAGAGGAGGAGAGUAUGGGAAUGAUCAUCUUGGUAAUGUGGGUCGUAACCAAAAAGAUUACCAUGAGUAUGGUAGAGAUGAGUUCAGCUUUGGGAACAAGCUGGCUACAAACGGGGACCGUGAAGGUCCAGUGCUCUCUAAGCUUGGUUCAAGCUCCACAACUGAGCUGCACCCCAAAAGUGGGACUCUUGAAUCCAACAAGCCAGCUGCUAUGCCACCAGCUAGUGUGAUGACCAGACUCAUUCUCAUUAUGGUGUGGCGUAAACUGAUUAGGAAUCCCAACACUUACUCCAGCCUUUUUGGCAUUGCCUGGUCUCUCGUUUCAUUCAAGUGGAACUUGGAAAUGCCAGCUAUAAUUGCAGGAUCAAUAGCAAUUUUAUCCAAUGCAGGUCUUGGAAUGGCCAUGUUUAGUCUUGGUUUGUUUAUGGCCCUGCAGCCAAAGCUUAUAGCUUGCGGAAAAUCAAUUGCUUCCUUUACCAUGGCUGUAAGGUUCCUUACAGGUCCUGCUGUCAUGGCUGCCGCCUCCAUUGCCGUUGGAUUACGAGGAGUCUUGCUGCACAUUGCAAUUGUGCAGGCAGCUCUCCCCCAAGGGAUUGUCCCUUUUGUCUUUGCUAAGGAAUACAAUGUCCAUCCUGAUAUUCUAAGUACUGGGGUCAUAUUUGGGAUGCUGAUAGCUCUUCCUAUAACACUGGUGUACUAUAUCUUUCUUGGACUCUAAAUAUGAAGGCAUGGGAGCAGACAAGGAGAAAAAAAACUAAGUGGCAAUAAUAGACUGCCUAUUUACCCAUGUUGGGGGUUUUUAAGUUCUCUUUAACAGAACUUGGUAGAACUUACUGAUGAUUUUAGAGAAGCGAAAUGUAGUACUAAGAUUGACUGAUUCAAAACAAGGCUGCCAUGUAAGAGUGAAGUGGACUAUCAUGGAGAGCUAGUGGAAUUUUGUAGGUUCUUUUGGCCUUUUCUCUGAA